UACUUUUGUUUCUCCAGUCAGUUGUUACAAGAGCACGUAGUUUCUAGUUCAAAAACAAUUUUUUUUUUAAAAUGUGUACUAAUUGUAUAAGAUCUGGACUUGCUGCUUUUCUCAUUUUAGCAGCAAUUUGUUGUUCCAGAAGUGCUUUCGCAUAUGACUUAAGAAUAAUCGGAGGUCAAAUUGCACAACAAAGUGCUGUAGCUCACCAAGUGUCCAUUCGUCUAGCAGAACGAGAACGUGAAGGUGAAGGAUUUGGAUUUAUAUGUGGCGGUAGUUUGAUUUCCGCAAAUGCGGUAUUAACAGCUGCUCAUUGUAUGUUUCGUGGUGAAAAUGCAACAAUGCAACAUCGGCCAGAAGAUCUUAUGAUUGUAAUGGGUUCGUUGCUGUUAAACACAACAACCAAUUUCACCAUUUACAGAAAUGUGUCCAAAAUCAUAGUCCAUGAAAAUUACACCAUAAAUUAUGUAAAUGACAUAGCAAUUAUACUGUUCAACGACAGUUUAAUUUUCAAUGAGGCUGUCAGACCGAUUCGUAUUGCCGAGAAAGGUGUUAACGAGUUAACUAUGUGCGAGGUGUCUGGAUGGGGAUCAACGGAAUACAACAUUUACGGUUCGCAACCAAGUAAUACUCUUUUGACAGCUACGGUGCCAAUUGUCAGCUUAAUGGAUUGUACAAAUAGUUUUGGUAGCUAUAUACAACCCGGCAUGAUUUGUGCUGGAUAUUAUUUGGAAGGCGGUGUGGAUGCAUGUCAGGGCGAUUCUGGCGGGCCGCUCGUUUGUGACAAUGUACUGACGGGCGUUGUAUCAUUUGGAAAUGGUUGCGCUUUUCCAUACUUCCCUGGUGUAUACACAGAUGUAAGAUAUUAUCGAGAUUGGAUAACAGAAAAGAGCAGCAGUGAAAUUGUGACGAGUAGUGUAUUGCUGUUAGUAUUAAGUGUGUUUUAUGUACUGUACUAAAUGAGAAUAUCACGAUUAUAAAUUCAGGCUAAACAAUAAAAAUGAAGUACGAUGAUUAAUAGUUAAUCAUACAA